UUGUGUUGGGGUUACAUGAGGAGUAUGUACUGUAUGUUUUGGUUUGACCGCAGGACGAGGACUACAGCAGACGAAUCGAGCGGAGCAGACGAUUCGAGCGAAGCAGACGAUAUUUCCCGCCAUUACACAAGGUGCUCGGCGCCCCAUUGUCGCAACACUAAACGCUACAGGGAGAAGAGUUGGUUUCUGAGGUGGCGAGGAGGGGACAAGCGUGCGGACAUGGACGACGAAUUGCAGGAUAUAUUGCUGAGGUUGGGAGGAGUCACCAACUGGGAACAGUUACGAGAGGCAGUUAGGGACGCAAUCGGAGUGACACUAGAAAACACAGAAGAUCUGGUGGUGUAUCUCUUAGACAUUGCAACAGGGACAUUGGUCAGCCAAGAUGGCCUAGCAGGAGUGGUGCACACUCUACCCAAAUCAGGCCUAGCUGGGAAAUGCACUGAAGAGCGGCAUCUGAUAGUAGCUGGGGAGUUAGACAUUGAGGAUCCUCUGAGUGGACUGUUACCCAGCACGUCACCCACGCUCCCUGAAAACAGAAGAGUUGCUUGUUUCCCUAUAGUGGAGUCAGACAACACUAGGGUGGUGGGCGUUAUUGUGGUUGUAUGUGAUGCUGUAUCAAGCAAUCAGGAAAAGAGACUAUCCCUGGUGGGAAGACAUUUCGCAGUGUGUGUUCAGAGACUUCACCAGAUGGCGACGCAGCAAAGGUUGCCGCUUGCCACCUCCAAAUCGCCAACUACGUGUUCGGGGUCCCACAAUGGCGGACCAUGCACAGGGUCAUCCUUUGAUGAUGGUAUUCUACAACUGUGUGCCGAGCUGCAUGACAACGACCCCGCAUCAAUGCAAACGAAGGUCGUCAAAUAUUUAGAGAGACACACGCAAUCAGAAUGCUGUGCGUUGUGGAUAGUCUCGUCAGAAGACGCGACCGAAGUGUUUUGUCAGGUUUUGGGUAACAGGGUACUGGAGGAGGAAUUACGGAUGUUGAUACCGUUGAGUUGUUUCAACACGGUGGUCACAGAGGAGAGAUCUAUUACGCUGGAUGAUAUUCCAGAGAACAGCAGAACAGAGCUUGAACAGAAAAUGGACAUGAAGAUCGACUCAUUGCUCUGUGUCCCCGUCAUCAACCAAGCGAGGUCAAAGGUCGUUGCCGUGGCCUGCUGCAUCAACAAAAUUGGAGCACCCAGAUUUGGGCAGGAAGAUGAGGAGGUUGUAAGGCACUGUUUCCGCUACACGGUACCCGUAUUAACCAGUGUCAUGUCAUUGCAGAAAGAGCGGCAACUCAAACAAGAAACACAGUCUAUGCUUCAAGUGGCCAAGAACCUCUUCACACAUCUAGAUGAUGUACGGAUACUGUUGAGGGAAAUUAUGAUGGAAGCAAGGAACCUGACUCAAGCAGAAAGGUGUUCCUUGUUUCUUGUAGAGAACGAUGAACUUGUAGCCAAAGUAUUUGAUGGGCAUGUCUUAGAUGAGAUGGGAGAGGUUCGGAUACCAAUCACUCAGGGCAUUGCUGGACAUGUAGCCACAACUGGCAAAAUCUUGAACAUCAAGGACGCCUACUCGCAUCCUCUCUUCUACCGUGGGGUGGACAACAGCACCGGCUUCCGGACCCGCAACAUCCUCUGCUUCCCCAUCAAGGAUCGCUCAAGUGAGUGUGCAGAAGGAGCUGUUGUUGGAAUUGCUGAGCUAUGCAACAAAGUAAACGGUCUGUACUUCACGAAACACGAUGAGGAAGUGGCUGCUGUAUUCUCCAUUUACUGUGGCAUCAGCAUCGUACAUAGUUUAUUGUAUAAGAAGAUGAAGGAUGCCCAGUAUCGCAGCAAGCUGGCCAAUGAACUUAUGAUGUACCACAUGAAGGGUGCAGAGGAUGACAUCAAGUCAAUCAUGUCCAAGGAGACAGUACCCAAGCCGGAAGCCUUCCAUCCUCAGAUGGCUAGCUUCACUUACUCUCCCAGAGGCAUCCCUGACGGAGAGACUAUCAGUGCAACAUUGAGUAUGUUCUACGACAUGGGUUUUGUCAGUCGGUAUCGCAUCCGUCACACCACGCUGGUCAACUUCUGCCAGCUAGUAAGGCGCGGCUAUCGGGACCCGCCCUACCACAACUGGUACCAUGCCUUCUCCGUGGGCCACUUCUGUUUCCUUCUCUACAAGAACCUCAACCAGCUCAAUAUGCUGAAGGAUAUUGAGAUCUUUGCCCUCUUUGUUUCUUGCAUCUGUCAUGAUCUGGACCACAGAGGAACCAACAAUAGCUUCCAAGUCCACUCGCAAUCAGUCUUGGCAGCACUCUACAGCUCUGAAGGAUCAGUCAUGGAGAGACAUCACUUUGCCCAGGCCAUGUGCAUCCUGAACACAGAUGGCUGCAACAUCUUUGAGAACCUGUCCACAGACGAUUAUCAAAAUGGCCUGGACCUCAUGCAAGACAUCAUCCUAGCUACUGACCUGGCUCACCAUCUACGCAUCAUCAAAGAGCUCAAACAGAUGGCUGAAGAUGGUUAUAAGGUAGAGGACCCCCAUUGCCACAAGCUACUGCUGUGUCUACUCAUGACCAGCUGUGACCUCUCAGAUCAGACCAAGAACUGGCAAACCACAAAGAGAAUAGCGGAGCUGAUCUACAAGGAAUUCUUCACCCAAGGAGACCUAGAAAAGGCCAUGGGUAUGGAAACCCCUGAGAUGUACGAUAGAGAGAAGGCCUGCAUCCCCGAGUUGCAGAUCAAUUUUCUCAAUCAUAUCGCUCUGCCUGUCUACCAGAUCCUGGCCGAGGUGUUCCCGUCGGUCCUCCAGUUGGUCACAAACAUCGAGGCCAAUAAAACAAUGUGGCUACGACUGAAACGGGAGAGCAACCUGCGCAAGCUCAGCAGCGCCAACUCAAUCGACUUCUUUCAGAUCCCAUUCAAGAGCGAGAACGGAUCCACAGAGUUUGGCGUGGACCUGUCAGAGGAAACUGAGGAGGAGCUUGCGGGGGAGGCGGAGCUAGGGAAAGGGUCAAAGGUCAUGGGUACGGAGGAGAUGAGCGAGAAUAAUAAUAAUGGUACAGUGGCAGGAGUCGCGCCCAAGUCAUCGUGACAGUGCGGCAGCGGAAACUCAUAACACUCCCUAAUGGCAUUUCUAGUGGAAUAGGACCCAUGAAAUCAGAUGUACAAAAAUAGUACCGCAAGCAUGAUAUGGAACCGCAUAUGAUAUACUAUCUAUAUGAGGCACAAAUCCAGAACACUGCAUGCAGCCCAUGAGGUUUGAACACUGUAGAGGUACAUCCUAGGAUGUAUGUAUUGCACAGUAGGAGUGGGCAUGCACCUCCAAAUGCAUCUCACUGGUGGUUGGGAAAGCAUGGGAAGUAGAGGUAAACACUUGAAUUGCAGUCCACGUUACUCUAGCCUCAAAGCAGUGCGCAGGAGGCGGCGUCAUUCACUGACCACAGAUUAUGUACUCGGUCACAAAAAUGAACUCUCAAAGCCAGGUCACGUGUUGCAUUGCUGAAAAUUGUUACUCUGAAAUGACAAUAGAAUUUUGAAAAUUAAAAUCAACUUGUGAAUGUACAUAUAAUACAUGUAUGUUAAACUAUAUUCAUUCAACGAUGUGUGCUGAUGGGUUUCAGGAAUAGAUUAAAACAAAAAAUUAAUAAACACAGCCUUUUUAAGUGUGACUUGUGAGACUUAAUUUUGACUGAGUAUUUACAGGUAUGCAUUGUCUCUUUUUCUUGCAUGAUUAUUUCUACCCAAGGCAAUGUAAUUCUACAUACUUUGCUGUUUUGUAUUUCUGUUAUAUAGUUCCCAUGUUUGUGAGUUGUGUUUUCUCUUUUUUGUUAAGUUAAAUCUGUUUUGUUUUUCUUUCUUCAAUAGAAAACCUGGGGGGAAAAAAGGUUUAACCUUUGGUUUGUCACUUUUAACUAAAACAACCUUCGGGACUGCCCCAAAAAUCGUGUUUAAUUGUUUAACAUUUUGGAUCAAAUUGUUACAAAUUGGAACAGGUGCUACACCUUGACAACAACAAACUUGUUCUCUUUCAAGAAAGACUGGUAGUGUAAAAAAAAAAAAACAAGAAGAAAAACCAAUAACACUUUGUUGUUUUUAUUUAUCAAUCAAUGAAGUGGCUCUACUUAUUAUCUGGAAAUGUGUUACUGUGAUCAUGAUGUAUUCUUUAAUCUAAUGAUAGGAGGGGUCAGAAUGUUUGAAAUUUAUUGUGUUGUACGAGAAAGCCAUGUGUACAAAAAAAACUCACCCUAUUAGAAUGUGUGAAGAAUGGGAGAUAAUUGCAGUCACACAGCAAUACUGAUAUAUAUAACAAAUUAAGUUUGUAAUCGUUCAAGCAGUUCUUCAUUUCGAGAAAUAAAGUUCUGCCUUUGUUUAUCCUCUGGCAUCGAGUAAUUUUGCUCAUAGUUAUCACACGCCUUGUCUUUAGUGUACACAAUGUUUAAGUGAAUAUCCUUGACCUACAUACCUUUGCAAGAAAAAGCCUAGAACAUUAGUAUGGGCUCGGUCAAAUGUAAUAUAAUGUAAAUAAUGUAAAAUCUUGUGUCAAAAGAUAUAGUCAUGAGGUGGACAUAUGUUGUACUGUUGCCAUAAAAUGGUUUUAUUUUGUUGUUGGCAUUUUGCGGUCACUACUAUAAACAGGUAGAACUCUUUUUAUAUAUUUGUGUGUGCAUGUUGUGCUAGGCAAAAGGUGUUUGAUGUAUCACUGCGAUUAUGUACAUGUAGGAGAAAAAUACAAACUUGGGCUGUGUGUAGAAGAGAGACAGUAAUUGUCAACUGAACUCCAAUAUGUUCAUUGAAAAAAAAAUAUUUUGCUGUGGUAAGCAUAAUCAACAGUUACCUCUUUAAACAUUACAAGGUUUUUUGGGGUUUAAAAAACUGUUUUUAACUAGUUUCAGGACAUGUAAAAGAUAUUGCACGAAAAAAAAACACGCUGCAUUUACUUGAUGGAAGAUUUCUUUUAGAUUUGGCACUGAAACCUACGAGUACUUCAUAAAGAUUUUUCAGUGAUUAUUUAAAUGUGACUAUGUUAAAAGUAAGUAUACGGUCAGUAACUUCCUAUGCAAACAAUGGAAUAUGUGUUAAUAACAACAGAAAUAGUUGACUGAGUAUAAUGUAGUCUUGGACAGAAUUAUGUCAUACAUGUAUAAGUAAGCAUUUCUAAGAUGUACAUGGCUCCAAGAAUGCGUUGACUUUGGAGCCACCCAAGUCGCAGUACUGAGACACUUGCUUGAAUAUUACUAUAUGUAAAGUAACAAAAUAUAUUAGAUUUCUGCAUUUGUAACUCCAUGUCAAUAAUCUACAUAACAUACUAACCAUAAAUUUGGAGUCAUCUGCACCUUGCCCAUACAGAUUAUUGAUCCAUUUCCAAAUGGAAAUAGUCAACAAAAAGUAAGUUGGGAUAAGUCCAGAACAUUUAUAGAAAAGCAUAAUAUCAAUUUCCUACCAAUAUAAAAAGUCUAAAUGCUGUGAGGGAAAAUGUGAUUUUUUAAAAAAAAUUACUCAUGUGGAUAAGUGACAAAUUUGUAAAUAGUUUUGAAGUCUGAUUUGACUGAUGAGGAUUCAGCUAUUUGUUCGGAGUUAUAAUGUUUGAAGUCAUAAGGUUAUAAAGUUAUAAGGUUAUAAAGUUUUACUCAUCACUUGAAUAUUCUGCAAACUGAGUUUGUUCCCACAACGUAACUGAUAACGUUGGAGGUAAAUUUUCUGGUUAUGUCAUAAUUUUGUGGUGUAAAUUUUGUGUUUUAGUGUAGAUUGAGAUGGGGAAUUUGGUUUCUAAUUGAAAAAGACAGAUUGAAAAUGAAAGAGUGAUUGCCAACAAGUUUCAAACAUUUAAUAUUAAUUGAAAUACCGAAGUCAGUUAUAGAUGUUGGGUUUGUAAUAAAUGUCAACAAUGAAUAAUACAUUUUUCUUCUUCUUUUAAAAGAACACAUUUGGCGGGGGAAUUGGUGUCACAUUGAGAAAAUAAUUUAAGUCUGGAUAAGUGUGAGUUGCCAGAAGUUAAACAACAGUGAAAUGAUUCUGCCAAAAUUGUUAUUUGUUAUGAAAUGUUUCUCAUUAAGGCAAUAACAUUGAUUAUUUGUAAUAUAUGUUUUGGAAUUGUUGGUCACAGUAUUAUAUUGACCGUCCGUUUUGGAAUCUUGAAUUAUCAUUCUUGGUGAAUGAAUGCUGUUGAUAUUACCACAGAGCUCAAAUGACAUGAUUUGCCAUUUUCCACUUGGUACCCUGCUUCUUGUACCACAUAAAUACGUACACUUGUUACUGAUUACCAGCUACUUUGAUCUACUUUGAUAAUUUCUUUUUCCAAAUCUUGGGUGUCACUUACGAGUUGGCUAUUUGUUUUGUUUACGCUUUCCAUGAAACUUGGUGUUUUUUUUGUGUCUGAAAUUCACAUUUGAGGCAACCGUUUCCUGUUACUUUUUUUGUGCAGCUAUAGGGUUAUAGCAGAAAUAUGUUUAUUUUCCUAUAAUUCUUCAUGUUCCAUACAGAGGUACAUUGCAAUCAAUUAUAUUAAAACUUUUUUUUCUACUGAUACUUGACAAAAUAACUUUUCAUUUGAGUUCUGUAGAUAUUUAUUUUAAAGCCAGCUGCUAACAAAUCAUUUAAAAUACAUUGUGGUUGUACAUAAUGACCAUAUUUGUCUAGAAGACUUAUUUUUUCUUUGAUGUGAUUGAUUUAUUGAUUAAUUUUUUACAAUAGUGUGUGUGUUUUUAGCGGGUCAGAUAUUAACAUAUAUAUUAUCAUUUUGUUAUAUAGAUCAUUUAUAUUAAUGGUUGGAAUUGAUAUUUUAUUUACCUAAUUUAUAAAUUUUGUUUUAAAAGGAACUUAAUUGUUCCAUGUGUUUAUAAAGUGAAAAGAGAUAUAUUCUAACUCCAGCUCACUACCAAGCACUAAUAAUUUCCGACAAAAUUAGCAAAACACAUAAAUAGUACAUUUGCACAUACCAAAACAGAUUGUACUGUUGAUUCUGGAUUUGCAAAAGCAGCUAAAUAUUAAUUGUGUGUACAGUUCUGUAUCAAUCCAAUAUUUGUCUUCAGUUUUCUAUUUGAAAUCUAUUUAAUUGAAAAACAGUAUAGGAUUUGUCUGCCAAUUUUGAAAAUUUUAAUCUUUGAUGCAAAAAGGUCUGAGAGUUGAAUAGUUCCUUAUUCCUGCCAUAUAGAUUCUGCUUCAGUUUUUGACUUUGCAGUCACUAAGAUUAAACAUACCAAACACCUGUUACUCAUUGUUACCUAUUCAGAUUAUUCAGAGCAGAGCAGUAUGUAAUGUAGUACCAGACCCUGUACAUAUUUCUAUUCCACUGAUAGUACUAUUUGUAAAUGUUAGCUUUAUUUCGACUUCCCUACUUGUACAAAUUAACCUGAGACGUUGUUAUUACUUGGUGUUUUAUUAUAUUGACCUGUUAAUAUUGAGAAAUAUCAUUAGAUGAUAACCGUUACAGAUUUUUAUUAGACUGAUUGGCAGUUUUGGGGGCGUUAUUUAUUCGAAUACUAAAUAAAUGCAUUUGUUGAAAAAAA